AUGGCGGCCUACGCAGCCUUGGUUUCUCUAAUGCAUAUCAUAGACGACCUCGAGAGCCAUCAUUCCCCUCCGAUUUCUCUCGACAAACAACAAAUUCAAUCCCUCACUGAAAAUGUCAUGUUCUUGCAGGAGUUUCUCGAAGCUUAUACCUCCUCUGUUUCCGACGAGGCAGAUCCCUUUGAGAUGCGUAUUGCAGAUGUAGCUUAUGCAGCUGAAGACGCCAUCGAAUCUCAUAUCGUGGCCAAGAUUCAGCUGAGAAGAUCCAGAGAAACCAUUUGCAGCCGCUUCCUCAGCUGCUUUCGAGCUGAGGAAGAGAUGAAGUUGUUUCGAGAUGUGCAAAAUGUGAUACAAGAAAUGGAUCAGAUCAAGAGUUUGGCGAUGCAGAGGAAUACAGAGAAGGUGGUGCUCCAUGAUACGCGGCGUAGCUUCGUCUCUGCUUCUUCUGCCACUGGGAAGAACAGCAGUGGCAUGGUGGUGUGGUCCGAGGUUGUCGUGAAUGGAAUCUUGGAAAGGCUCGUUUCGGACCAACUCGAGCGCCAAGUCAUCCCGAUCACAGGAAUGGGCGGGAUAGGUAAGACCACUCUUGCCAAAACUAUUUAUUCGAAGAAAAUUAUUGAGCAGCGUUUUGAUGUUUGUGCUUGGGCUACUAUUUCUCAACAAUACAACAUAUGGGAAAUUCUUUGUGAGCUUGUUUCUCAAGCCACUAAAAAAAGCAAGGAACAACUGAGUGAAAAGAGUGAAGAUGAACUAGGAUUAGAGCUCUACCAAUAUUUUUCCGGUAGAAGGUUUCUAAUUGUGAUGGAUGAUAUGUGGAGUAUCGAUGCAUGGGAUAGGAUACAGCGUUUCUUUCCCGAAAAUGAGAAUUGUAGUCGGAUAUUAGUGACGACUAGGCUUUCAUACUUGAGUUCCCAAUUGAACAACAAUUAUAGCCUUCAAAUGGAAUUUUUAGAUGAGGUUAGAAGCUGGGAACUCUUCUCAAAAAUUGUGUUUGGGGUUGGAAGUUGCCCUCAUGAGUUAGAGAAAAUUGGAAAGGAAAUAGUAGAGAAUUGCAGAGGACUUCCUUUAUCAAUUGUUGUAGUGGCGGGUAUUUUGAGAAAUAGGGAACACACUCUAGGAGUUUGGGAAUCAAUUAGGAAGAACUUAGCUUCAGAAGUGAAUUUGGAGAAUGAUAAGCAUUGCUUGAAACUGUUGAAAAUGAGCUAUAGUCAUUUGCCAGUUUAUUUAAAGCCAUGUUUUUUGUAUAUGGGAGUGUUUGAGGAGGAUGAUUUGGUUAGAGUCUCAACACUCGUGAAGCUAUGGGUUUCUGAGGGAUUUUUAAAACCCAUGAAUGGCAAAAGUUUGGAAACUAUUGCCAUAGAGUUCUUAAAGGACUUGAGCAAGAAAGAUGGGUUCUAUCAUGUGAUAGGGCAAUCUAGUCCUCGAUGCAUAAGUAGCCAACGCCGCAUUGUUAUACCCAGGAACACGCCAAAGACGAAAGUCCUUGACGACUUGCAAUCUAUGCCACGUGCUCGUUCCAUUAUCAGUGAAUAUGGGAGCGUCCCGCGUAUUAAGAAUUCUGGGUUGCUUAGAACAUUACAUGCAUACAACAAGUUUCGUUAUUUAGAAGAUGAACGCCACGUGAUCAAGUCCCUUCCGUCUCAGUAUGUUAACUUGCGCCACCUUGCUGUUAGAGUUGGUAGCAUGUCCUCGAUCUUUACCUCGUUUACUCGCCUUUGGAAUCUGCACAUAUUGAUUGUUUCUUGUCGGAAGGAGUUCACUGCACCUGGUGAGAUUUGGAGAAUGCCACAACUUAGGCAUAUUGAAAUGAAAGGAAUUUUUUAUCUUCCAGAACCUACGAGUGAUGAUGUCGUUAUCAUGGAGAAUCUACUGGUGCUUGAGGGAAUAUCAAAUUUCAAGUGCAGUGAAGAGGUGGUUAAGAGAAUUCCCAAUAUCAAAAAAUUGGGGAUAAAUUAUAUUUGGAGAGGGGGAAUCGAGCAAGAUGAUUAUUAUUGUCUGAACAAUAUCAAAAGUCUGUGUAAAUUGGAAUCCUUCCACGUAUAUUGGUUUGGUUUUAGAGCUGCUGCGUAUUCGCUCACAUUCCCCCAAAGCCUCAAGAAGUUGACUCUUCGGAUGAAUUAUGGCUUUGAAUGGGAAAAAAUAUUGGAAAAGAUAGGUUCAAUGCCCCUUCUCGAGAAGUUCAUGUUGUGGGAGGGAUGCUUUGGAACAGGCAAGUGGGAAAUGGUUGAAGGCCAAUUCCCUUCCCUCAAAUACUUGGGAUUGCAUUGGUGUCCCAGUUUGAAGCAUUGGACUGCGGAAUCGAACUCCAUCUUUCCAUGCCUUGAGAAGCUUGGUCUUGUUAAUAUGGAAGAGUUGAAGGAGAUCCCGAGUCAAAUUGGAGACAUACCGACGCUGAAAAAGAUAUGGAUGAGGGAUUGUGGAGAAUCUGCUGUGAUGUGCGCAAAGGAGAUCGUAGAGGAACAAGUGGAAUUACAAGGGGAAGAUCUUCCAUUUCAUGUUCAAGUUCAGCUUCGGAGUAAGAACGAAGCACUAGUGCAGAGCUUGGCAGGCCCCAACUUCGAAGUAUCUGUAUUACCGUAUUAG